CUCGGGUACUUGUUGAGACUCGAGUAAUGAUAAGUGAAUAUAUAUAUAUAUAUACUUACAUGUAAUGUUAGAUACAGUAACAGUAGCAGUAGCAGUAAUUUUUGGUGUGUGUAAAUAAGUACCAAGAAGAAAUCGGGUGGAGCUUUAUUAAAUGACUGGAAUAGAUUUUUAGAAGAAAAAAAAUAAAUUAUGGAAAAUAAACAAGUUAGAGCUGUGUAUGAUUUCUCUGGAGAACCUGGUACAGCGGAACUAUCAAUAACAGCUGGUGAAAUAUUAACAGUAACUCGUGACAAUGUCGGCGAUGGCUGGUGCGAGGGUUUCAAUAGCCUGGGCCAGUCUGGGUUAUUCCCAGCGGCGUAUGUCCAGGUAAUAGAGCCAACCGGAGCAACGACAUCAGCGACAGUGUCGUCAUUGUCCUCGGUCCAGCAAAGUUCCGGCGACUAUUGGGACGAUGACUGGGACGAUGAUUCAGAGGUAGGUCAAACUCCAGCGUACAAUCCUCAGCAACAGUCGCAGCAAUACUCGAACCUGGAUGACAUAAGCGGACCAAUAUCGAAUAAUUUUAUCUCUCCGCCUACUGCUCACGCUCUGCCAGCUUUGCCAGAGAAAACUGUUUCAAAUGUCCCCAAAAAGAACAACAAAUUCUCGACGCUUAUAAAGUCCGGGGAGGAGGGAUUUUUGAUGGGCACCAAGGUGCUGCCUAUUCCUGAGGAUGAGAAGAUAUUUGUCCAAGAAACAGAGGACGGAAGGUGCUACUGGUUACCAACUGGAGAGGAGUACAAGUGUGUUGUGACAUCACCAAAGAAAGGAUCCAAGUUAAAAGGCCUUAAAAGUUUUAUUGUUUAUCAGCUCACACCUACGUUUAACAAUAUCCAAGUGUCAAGAAGAUACAAACAUUUUGACUGGUUACACGAGCGUUUGCAAGCCAAGUAUUGUUUCAUAGCGACUCCACCGCUUCCCGACAAACAAAUUUCAGGAAGAUAUGACGAACAAUUUAUAGAACAUCGUCGUACCCAGUUGCAGGAGUUUGUUGACUACGUAUGUCGACAUCCUAUUUUAUCUAGAAGCCGCGUUUGGCAGCAUUUCAUCAUGUGCACUGAUGAGAAGCGAUGGAAAGCCGGAAAACGCCAGGCCGAAAAAGACGAAUUGAUGGGAGUUAAUUAUUUCAAUGCUAUUCACUGCAGUGACAUGGCUGUUGAUGCAAUUAAAAUUGAUAUUAAAACAGAUUCAUUCAGCCGAUUUAUCACCGGGCUGGAUCCAGUGGUCAAAAAUUUCAUGGCUAUGUCAACGGAUCAAGGAAAGAAGUACCAGAAUUUGUACAAACGAGAGUUGCAAAAAAUAGGACAAUCUUUCAUUGCCCUAGGUCAUGCUUUGGAGUCAGACUGUCCAGGUCGCUCGACAUUGACCAAUGCUUUGAGAAGAACCGGAGAAGUUUACAAUGACAUUGGAAGAUUGUACGAAGAACAGCCCCGGCUGGACUGGGAACCACUCGCUGAUAAAUUUCAUAUUUAUCGCGGAGUUAUUAAUAAUUUUCCGGAUGUGAUUUCUAUUCACAAGAGCGCAGUGCAAAAGAAGAAAGACUGCGAGCGACUAGUAACAGAGCAUAAAAUGGAACCACAAGAACUUCGGGAGCUUUCUCGUCGCACGGAUGUUAUCGCUCGUUCUCUCAUGGCCGAAGAAACUCACUUUCAAUCAGAGAUUGACAUUCACGUCAAUCAAUCAAUGAAAAAUCAUCUUGUUGAGCAGAUUGGCUUCUAUCAAAAAAUUGUCUCGAAACUUGAAGAAGCGUUGGCGGCUUACAAUGCUUAAUUAUUAUUAUGCAACAUUAAGUCGCUAUUUAAAUUCCCAAGAAGUAAUAUAUAUUUAUCUACACAUCUCAAUUAUUCAUAAAUACUAAAAGGAUUUUUUUAAACGUGUAGAUAAAAGACUUAAGGAUUUAAAUUUAUUGAUAAGACAAAAUUAUACAUAUUUUUUUUUCUUUUAUUUUGCACCAAUAUAUUAAAAACAGCUGAACAUUUAAAUUAUAUAAAUCAUGUAUGGCCUUUUGUCAUUCUAUUGCAAUUAUUUUUAUUUUGUAUAAUGUAUAUUUUAAUGUGUAUUUGUGCAAAUCAAAUACAUAAAAUAAUAAUGUAAAUGUAUUUAAUUAAAAAUAAAAUUAUAUUAAUAUUA